GUUAGUUCUACAGAAGAGGCAGAAAAACAAGAGAUAACAAAGGCUCCGUUUCCUUUCUGUGAGAGAAGGCUUUUGUCUUUCCUCCUGCUACAAUGUCAGUGUCUGGCAAGAAAGAGUUUGAUGUGAAACAGAUCCUAAGGCUACGCUGGAGGUGGUUUAGUCAUCCUUUUCAAGGUUCCACCAACACUGGAAGCUGUCUUCAGCAGGAAGGAUAUGAGCACAGAGGGACCCCGGUUCAGGGCAGGUUGAAGAGCCACUCUCGGGACAGAAACGGACUGAAGAAAAGCAACAGUCCUGUCCACCACAAUAUACUGGCACCAGUGCCAGGACCGGCCCCUGCCCAUCAGAGAGCCGUUCAGAAUUUGCAGCAACAUAAUCUGAUAGUACAUUUUCAAGCAAAUGAAGAUACUCCUAAGGCAGUUCCAGAGAAGAAUUUAUUCCAAGAAGCUUGUGGGAAACGCGCACAAGAUUUGGAGAUGAUGGCUGAUGACAAUAUAGAAGAUUCUACAGCAAGAUUAGAUACACAGCACUCUGAAGAAAUGAACGCCACCGGAUCUGAAGAGCAGUUCCACGUUAUAAACCACGCAGAGCAAACUCUUCGUAAAAUGGAGAACUACUUGAAAGAGAAGCAACUAUGUGAUGUGCUACUAAUUGCAGGACACCUCCGCAUCCCAGCCCAUAGGUUGGUUCUCAGUGCAGUGUCUGAUUAUUUUGCUGCAAUGUUUACUAAUGAUGUGCUUGAAGCCAAACAAGAAGAGGUCAGGAUGGAAGGAGUAGAUCCAAAUGCACUGAAUUCCUUGGUGCAAUAUGCUUACACAGGAGUCCUGCAACUGAAAGAAGAUACCAUUGAAAGUUUGUUGGCUGCAGCUUGUCUUCUGCAGCUGACUCAGGUCAUUGAUGUUUGCUCCAAUUUUCUCAUAAAGCAGCUCCAUCCUUCAAACUGCUUAGGGAUUCGAUCAUUUGGAGACGCCCAAGGCUGUACAGAACUUCUGAAUGUGGCACACAAAUACACUAUGGAACACUUCAUCGAGGUAAUAAAAAACCAAGAAUUCCUCCUGCUUCCAGCUAAUGAAAUUUCAAAACUUCUGUGCAGUGAUGACAUUAAUGUGCCUGAUGAAGAGACCAUUUUUCAUGCUCUAAUGCAGUGGGUGGGGCAUGAUGUGCAGAAUAGGCAAGGAGAACUGGGGAUGCUGCUUUCUUACAUCAGACUGCCAUUACUCCCACCACAGUUACUGGCAGAUCUUGAAACCAGUUCCAUGUUUACUGGUGAUCUUGAGUGUCAGAAGCUCCUGAUGGAAGCUAUGAAGUAUCAUCUUUUACCUGAGAGAAGAUCCAUGAUGCAAAGCCCUCGGACAAAACCUAGAAAAUCAACUGUAGGGGCACUUUAUGCUGUAGGAGGCAUGGAUGCUAUGAAAGGUACUACUACUAUUGAAAAAUAUGACCUCAGGACCAACAGUUGGCUACAUAUUGGCACGAUGAAUGGCCGUAGGCUUCAAUUUGGAGUUGCAGUUAUUGAUAAUAAGCUCUAUGUCGUGGGAGGAAGAGACGGUUUAAAAACUUUGAAUACAGUGGAAUGUUUUAAUCCAGUUGGCAGAAUCUGGACUGUGAUGCCUCCCAUGUCAACGCAUCGGCACGGCUUAGGUGUAGCCACUCUUGAAGGACCAAUGUAUGCUGUAGGUGGUCAUGAUGGAUGGAGCUAUCUAAAUACUGUAGAAAGAUGGGACCCUGAGGGACGACAGUGGAAUUACGUAGCCAGUAUGUCAACUCCUAGAAGCACAGUCGGUGUUGUUGCAUUAAACAACAAAUUAUAUGCUAUUGGUGGACGUGAUGGAAGUUCCUGCCUCAAAUCAAUGGAAUACUUUGACCCACACACUAACAAGUGGAGUUUGUGUGCUCCAAUGUCCAAAAGACGUGGAGGUGUGGGAGUUGCCACAUAUAACGGAUUCUUAUAUGUUGUAGGGGGGCAUGAUGCCCCUGCUUCCAACCAUUGCUCCAGGCUUUCUGACUGUGUGGAACGGUAUGAUCCAAAAAGUGACUCAUGGUCAACUGUGGCACCUCUGAGUGUUCCUCGAGAUGCUGUUGCUGUGUGCCCGCUUGGAGACAAACUCUAUGUGGUUGGAGGAUAUGAUGGACAUACUUAUUUGAACACAGUUGAGUCAUAUGAUGCACAGAGAAAUGAAUGGAAAGAGGGCAUGCAAGAACUUCCACAAAACUUCUAUACCACACAGAAGCUGAAGGAAACUCUGGGGCACUAAAUUCAGAUCCUUUCUCUGCCCAACAAUUCCACUUAUCAAUCUGACUCAGGUGUGGCUGUUGUCCCUUUUUGAUAUGGUGGGAACACUGAAAGACAGUUUCCUUUUGGAGUUCCAAAUGCAAUAUAGAAAAAAACCCCUGUGACUCUGGAUUUUAUUUUAAGUUCUCUAACAAGACUCUUACCUUGAGAUCUUAGUCUAGAGGUAAAGAAAAAAAAAAAAAGGCCAUGAAACACAUAUGCCCUAAACUCUCAUCAUUCUAUGUCUACUUUCUCCCAAUCACAUCACCUCAGGUAGAAGGGACAGAUUUUUCAGUUGCUAUUUCUCUUCGUAAUGAACUUUCUUUACAUCCUGUCCACAUUGCUAGAGACACUAAGUCCCAACUUAAAUGAUGGAAGGAGCAUCUCCCCUCUUGUCUAUGGAAGAUACCACAUGAACUACCUAAUUUGCAAGCACGGAUCUCCAUAUUUCAAAGGAGAGUUUUUAAAAUGUUUUUAAAAUUUCAAAUAUCUCACCAUGAUGAAUUAUGUGUAAGGUGAUAAUAUGUUUAAUUAGCUUGAUUUAAUCAUCCCACACUGUAUACAUAUACCAAAAUAUAUUGUACCCCAUAAUAUAUAUAAUUAUGAUUUAUGAACUACAGUAAUAUUAAUAAAAGUGUUAAAGCU